CAGGUCCGAAAUCAGGCGUUCAAAGGCUCUCAGCGACUUUCAAAAGGAGAUUGUUUGUCUCCGCCCAGCCCCUCUCCAGCCAACCGAUGUUUUCAGCCAAUCAGAGUGUGGCGCUGGCACAGCGCUCAGCGCACGAGCCCUAUAAGAAACCAGGCUUCGACUGCUUGGAGUCACCUUAAUUCCGCAGUUAGAUUGAAGCUACGAGCCAUGCCUGAACCAGCUAAGAGCGCACCCAAGAAGGGCUCAAAGAAAGCCGUCGCCAAGGGCGUCAGCAAGUCCGGCAGAAAGCGUAAGAGGAGCAGGAAGGAGAGCUACGCCAUCUACGUGUACAAGGUGCUCAAGCAGGUGCACCCCGACACCGGCAUCUCGUCCAAGGCCAUGAGCAUCAUGAACUCGUUCGUCAAUGAUAUCUUCGAGCGUAUCGCCGCCGAGGCGUGUCGUCUGGCUCACUACAACAAACGCUCCACCAUCACCUCCAGGGAGAUCCAGACCGCCGUGCGUCUCCUGUUGCCCGGUGAGCUGGCCAAGCAUGCCGUGUCCGAGGGCACCAAGGCCGUCACCAAGUACACCAGCUCCAAGUAGACCGCUCCGACCAUACUACAAAAACAACGGCUCUUUUAAGAGCCACUCAUCUUCUCUUCAGAGUAUUAUAUCCAUCAAUUAUUUGAAUACUGUUUAUUCUCAAUAGGGUACACUGGGGGUGAGUGAAAUGAAUUAAAUUUAAAUUUCCUAACUUGAAUCUGGUAUAUGC